AUGGCGCUGCCCGGAAUCGAACCGGGACCAACUCGGCCACAACGAAAAGAAGAGAAAGAAGAAGAGAAAGAAGAGAAAGAAGAAAAAGAAGAGAAAGAAGAGAAAGAAGAGAAAGAAGAGAAAGAAGAGAAAGAAGAAGAAAGAAGAGAAAGAAGAGAAGGAAGAGAAAGAAGAGAAAGAAGAGAAAGAAGAGAAAGAAAGAAGAGGAAGAGGAAGAGGAAGAAGAAGAAGAAGAAAGAAGAGAAAGAAGAGAAAGAAGAGAAAGAAGAGGAAGAGGAAGAGGAAGAAGAAGAAGAAGAAGAAGAAGAAGAAGAGGAGGAGGAGGAGGAGGAGGAGGAGGAGGAGACUAAAACUAAGUACAGGUUGAUAUUACAGGUGAAUGCCUGA